UGGUCCACGAAGAUACACCAUCACAGGCCUCCCCUCUCCAUUUACAGGAAAGUGUUGUUUUCCAGUUGCACAGUCCAGACUCUGAAGGACCUUUAGAAAAAAUCUCCCUUCUGCUUUGACCUCGGUGCAAGACUUUAGUCCUUGCUGCAAUGUGAGUCACAAUGAGUUUGACAGGCACCUGUGAUGCAGGUUGUGUCGGACCUGAGGGAAGAACUUGGUGAGCUACUGAAGGACGUGACUGCGCAGCUUAAGCAGUGAUGAGAUCAGCAGCCUGAGAGUUUUUUUAAUAAAGGCCUAAAGAGCCUUUAGAAGCUGCUAAAUGAACUGAACUCAUCACAUUUUAACAUCUUCAUCAAAAUCAAACAAGUUUGAAAGUAUUUCAGACAGAGGCUGUGACUGAAAUCUGAUGUAAAUUCUUAUUACAGUGUUUGUUUAAUUCACCCUGGGAUCAAUAGUGCUGAGCAAAGGUUAACAGCUAUUGCAUGAAGGAAGCUGGACAGACAGCAGGGGAGGGAGUUUUGUUUUUAGGUGUUAUGGAGGGUAAGAGGCGGUGCAUAGGUGUGCUAGGACAAAAGCUGAAUGUAUUUAGAGGGAGGUAAAAGGAGGACUGAAACACUUUGGUUUGGUGCUAGUCAAGAUGAAGUCUUACGUGCUUCUCUUAGCUCUGCUGCAGUCUCUGGGAUGCUCAGGAAUCCCACUGCACAACACUGAGCUGGAGUCCAUGGCAGAAUGGGGUCUUGGAGCAGUUCUGGCAGAGGUCAACUCUGCAUAUGCCGUCAGCCAUCUUUACCGGGUGACUCAGGGCUUUGUCACAAGUGUUAUCCCCGCGGGCCUGAACACCGUUGACCUGCUGAUGAUAUUUUGUGUUAAAGAGACUGAGUGUGUAAAGACUUCCAGAAACGACCCCCAGACAUGCGCCUUCAGACCUGACUUCUUUGUGCAAUCCUUCUCCUGCUUCAGUCGGGUUCGAAUUUCAGCCACCUCAACCCAGGUUGUUUCUCUGAGAUGCGGCCACGACUGGAGCUCCAGCUCAGAGUCCAGUGAGGAGAUGUUCUCAAGAGAGAGACACCGGUUCAAUAUCCCGUUUGCAAAAAGAGUCCCGGCUCCUUCUUCACCUCCUCCGCCAGUCCUUCGCGGAAGCUCCAUCCGGAGGCAGACAGUGGAGGUCCGGCUCAGAGGGGACAAGUCCAGCUCAAGUUCAGCUCACUCUGGAGACAUUUAGGGGCUGAUAAAAAGAAUUUGCACAUUGUGGUUUUUGUCCCUUUUUACGAUAUUUAAUGAGUUAGAUUUAAAGAGCUGCUGGUAGAUCAGUGACCCACAUAAGGAAAACACAUUUAACCUAAUAAUUCAUGACUUUUUUCAGGGUUCAAUCCCCCAUCAUUUUAUUUAUUUGGCUAUAAUGGCUCCGGAAUGCUGCGCAAAAGCUGAUUUUUUUUUUUUU